CUCAAAUCUUGGACCAAUUGAAAUCUCCAGGUUUGCGUCAGUUUACCUCUCAACAAAACAAUAAUACUUCUACCACCACUACCACAUCAUCCUGGGAUCUAAAACCACCCAUUACUCAGUCCUCAGUCCUUAUUCAGUUUGACUUGAAAUCCCAGCCUGAACCCUCCCCAGUUCUGAGCCAUCUGACCCAGCAACAGCAACAACAAAUGCAGGCGGUCCCUGUUUCUCCUCCUGGGCUGGAGUCCUUCUCCUCCCAGGUAAAACUCCACGAGCCAUCACCAGUAGACACCUCUACAGCUGUUAACAAAAUGUUACAGCUCUCCACUAUAUCUAUGGAUAACCAGGCAGUGACUGCCCACCAAAGCCAGCAGAAGCAGAUAAAACCACCAAAACGGAGGAUAAUUCCAUCAUCCAAGAUUCCUGCCUCUGCAGUGGAGAUGCCUGGAUCAGCAGACGUGACAGGAUUAAAUGUUCAGUUUGGAGCUUUGGAGUUUGGAUCAGAGCCUGUGCUUCCAGAAUUAGGAUCAACUUCAAGCAGUGAGAAUACCAGCCAGGCAACCAACAAUAGCUUGUACACAAAAUCUCUAAAUGAUCCUUUGAAUACCUCUUUACCAAUAUCCAAUACAGUACAAGAGUCCACCCAGACAACCUCUGCCAUCAGCUCUUCCAGUCUGACCUGCUCAUCCCAGAGCACUAGCCCAGUAACAACUUCCUCCUAUGACGAGGCUUCUGUGCAUAGUAGGAUAGCAUACCAAAGCUCCAUGGCUCCAUCUGAACCAACCCCUGUUGCAGAUAUGAAUGGGCACAGCAGUGUUAGAACACAGGCAACUCUUGACACUACUUCAGCAGUUCCUACGUUUAAGACAGAGCCUUCUCCCUCGCUACCUUCUGCUGGUUCUCUGCCCAGCAUGGUGUCCACCACUGUUUCGCUUCUGCCUUCAGCAUCGCAGCAUGCAGCAACGUUGUGCAGUUUGCCUCAGUCCAGUGAUCUGGCCAGCAGCUCGCUCUCCCAGUUAAGCAGCUCCCUUUCAAAUCAUCAGAGUAGCCUCUCCCCUGCCUCAGUGUUGUCUUCAAGUACAUCACAUGUGCACACUAGUGUUGAGAACACAACUUUACUCCAGCCUUCAGCAACCUUUUCAACUGCUGCAACCUCAGCCACUAGCACCACCUCCUCGGUUGUCAGCAUGGCAAGCAGUAUGAACACUACAAGCAGCCUUGGCCUGAGUGUUACCAGUGUGUCUGCUACCACACGAGCAGCUCCCUUAGUGUCUUCAGGCAAAGCUCCCCAAAAUCUGCCUCAAGGUGUACCACCUUUAUUGCAUAACCAGUAUAUUGUGGGACCUGGAGGACUUCUACCUGCCUACCCAAUUUAUGGUUAUGAUGAUCUCCAGAUGCUUCAGCCCAGGCUGCCAAUGGAUUACUAUGGAAUUACAUUCCCUGCUCCUGCAACCUUAACAGGAAGAGAUGGAAGCCUUGCUAACAACCCCUACUCAGGUGACAUAACAAAAUUUGGCCGUGGGGAUUCUGCCUCCCCUGCUCCUGCUACCACGCUCGCCCAGCCGCAGCAGAACCAGCCGCAGACUCACCAUACAGCUCAGCAGCCAUUCCUCAACCCAACCCUGCCCCCAGGGUACAGCUACACUGGGUUACCUUAUUAUGCUGGUGUGCCCGGUGUACCCAGUGCAUUCCAAUAUGGGCCAACCAUGUUUGUACCCCCAGCAUCUGCUAAACAUCAUGGAGUCAACCUUAACACCACCUCGACUCCUUUUCAGCAAGCAAGUGGCUAUGGGCAGCACGGCUAUGGAGCAGGCUAUGAUGACUUAACACAGGGAACAGCAGCUGGAGAUUACAGCAAAGGAGGCUACAGUGUGUCAUCUCAAGCACAAAACAAAUCUGCUGGCACUGGACCUGGGAAAGGUGUUUCUGUGACCUCAAGUAACACAGGUGUGCCUGAUAUCAACGGCUCAGUCUAUAACAAGACUCAGACAUUUGACAAGCAGGGAUUCCAUGCUGGCACACCGCCUCCUUUUAGCCUACCCUCUGGUCUCGGAUCGACAGGGCCCCUGAACCCUGGUGCUGCCCAGGUUAUGCUCCAGCCCCGUUUCUCCAUAUCCUCCCUGCACAUCAGCAACCUCAUUCCCAGAUGCUGCAUCACCACCUUCAGCAAGAUGGGGUGGAUCUGGCCAACGCAAUCAACCCAGCACCAUGCAGCAAAAAUCUCAGGCUACCAAAACCACCUAUGGCACUUCUCCAUACUGGACAAACUAAAUCUGAAACCAGGGAAGGGGGAGAGAAUCAAAGGAGAGGAAAGGAAAAAAAAAAAAAAAAAGAGAGAGAAAGAAAAAAGCCAAACCCCAUUCCUAGAAUUAAUAGAAGUAACUGCUUAGCCAAACGUCUGUGCGGGGAGAAGUUCAGCCAGCCAGCCAUCCUCUGUGUGACUCGCCUACUUCCUCUUUGAGUUGCUGUUGUAUGUAAUAUAUUUAUGUAUGUAUUUGUAAAUGUAAUAUAGCCUAAAUGUGGUUUUCUGCAUCUUGCAGCCUGUUUUAUUUUCUUUGUAGGAAAAUUUAUUAUUAAUUUCCCAUCUGCACCAGGGCAUCCUUCUAUUUUUUUAAGCUUUAUAACUGUCGAAAGACAAACUGUGCCAUUUUUUUGGAGCUGGAGCCCAUUUAUUUAAUGCAGUUCUAAAUUCAGGCAAAUAAGGAGACCUGCCUUCCCCCCCCUCCAAAAAAAAAAAAAAAGGAAUCAAGAUGUGUCCUGUUGGUUUGAUUUCUGUCCUCAAUCCCCAAUAUAACUGUUACUUUAAAGAGAUAAAAAAGGGUCGGGGGGAAGGAAAAAGAAAAUUUUUGUGAGUUUUCCCCUUUCUUUCAUCUCCUCCCUCCCUCCUGCUGUGGAAGAUGAACUUUCAUGGGCAGUUUUUCCACUGUGGCCCUGAGCUGCAGCUUGACCUUUUAAUUUUCUAUUAAUAAAAACCUUUUUUUUUUUUUGUUUUGUGUUUUUUUGGUUGAUUGGGAGUUUUUGUUGGGGGCGAGUUGUAUGUUUUGGUGUUGGGGUUUUUUUUCUUUCUCUAGCAAGAGACUUUGGAUGGCUCAGUGGGUCCUGCAACUUCCUUUCCAUCAUUAUAGGUCAAAACUAUGUAGCGGUUUCUUAAAUAAAAGUAUAAGCUCUGUCUUCUACCUCUUUUUGCCUUGAGCCACCCUGCCAGGAAAGACACAGCUACUUGAUGGAAACUUCACUUGUCCCUCCCCAUUUUUUUCUAAAACAAGACCCUGGAGGCAACUCCUGGUCCUUCUUGUUCUGCACCAGUGUGGUGAAUGUUUUAAUUUUAUUUCUUUUUAGCCCUUCCUCCACCUAAUAAAUAUCUGAGCA